AUGCCGACCUCCUCCAAUGGUUCCGCCUCCUCCAUCGUCGCCGGCACCAUAAGCGGCUACCACACGCUCAAGAUCAGUUGCUACUUGCGCACCAAGCAGGAGACCCCCAAUGGACAGCACAUCGACUCUCGUCCGUUCCAGGUGGGAGGCUGCAAAUGGCGUGUUCGUUACUAUCCCAACGGGAACAAGUCCAAGGACAUUGAUUUCAUAUCCUUGUAUCUCUCACUCGAUGAUACCCUUGCCGAAGGUGAGACCGUGAAGGCAGGAAUUAACUUUAGCCUACUUGACAAAGAUGGGAAGCCAGUGCCGUCAUAUACGUUCUUGACUACCGAGACAAGAGACUUCUCCGUGGGUCGUACAUGUUGGGGACUUGAAAGGUUUAUCGAAAGGGCUGAGUUGGAGAAAUCAGAACAUCUAAAAGAGGAUUCCUUCACUGUCAAGGUCGAUGUUACUAUCAUGGGCCAGUGCCGCGCGCUGGAGACUCCGCUCAUCGUGGUGCCACCGUCUGACAUGCACCGGCACUUCGGGGAUCUCCUGUCGAGCAAGGCGGGCGUUGAUGUUGAGUUCCGAGUCGGCGGGGAGACCUUCUCAGCCCACCGGUCGGUCCUAGCUGCGCGGUCUCCGGUCUUCAGAGCUCAGCUCUUUGGCCCAAUGAAGGAGAGCACUACAGCAAGUGCCAUAGGCAUAGACGACAUGGAGGCACAAGUGUUUAACGCUCUGCUUUCCUUCAUGUACACCGAUGAGUUGCCAGACAUGAAGCAAGAAGAAGAAUACGCCAUGGCUCAACAUCUGCUUGUUGCUGCGGAUAGGUAUGAUCUGGACAGGCUGAAGCUGAUUUGUGAAGAUAUGUUGACAACUCGUAUCGAUAUGAGCUCCGUGGCGACUAUCUUGACAUUGGCGGAUCAGCACCACUGUCCUGAGCUUAAGGAGGCAUGCCUCGUGUUCCUCAGCGAGCCAGCCAAUCUGGAUCAGGCUAUAGAGUCUGUAGGUUUCGAGUUAUUAACCAAAACCUGCCCCGGUGUUAUAAAGGAUUUCCUCAAAUCCCAGGUUAUUCCUAGUUUACUUGGGAAAAGGAAAUCAAGGACAUGA